CGUGACCUUGGGACGACCUUAACGUUGCUUACUGGAUGUAUGUACACGUGAAACAAAUCAAUUUGUUAUUAAGUUUAUCUGGAAGGAGCGGACUGUGAUAUUUUCACACUUAUAUAAUAUUAGGAUAGUCCAGCGCUGUUCUGAUUGAUAAAGUCGUGUUAAACGUGGGGAGGUUUAAAUUCGCUACUGGUUUUAACUACGAAAGAGUUUAGACGAGAAAUUCAAUAUUACUUGUGUGUUGUGUGAAAUAAAUAAACAAGACGGUGUGUAAUUUCCGGGGUUUAAAAUAAAGCUGCACCAAGCGGUAAAUGUCAUCGCCAAACGGUAUGUAAACACUGGGUUCAAAACAUUGUACACAACGUAUACAGUGUGGUCGAAUCUAAUUACGCGAAUAAGCACACGUCUUGACGUUUGUUUUGCAUACGAUUUAAAAGUAGAAGAGAUACAGUAAAUCAGAAUCUGGAAUCAACACCGUUAUACAUUAAGCUGCAUACAUCUACACUUCAAUUAAAACUGCAUUGCGUUUGAGGAAGACGCAGUUCAAUUAAAGGGACACUUACAAUGAAGAUCGCGUUAUUAGGGGCCACAGGACCUUCGGGUCUACAGGUUGUGAAGGAGGCUCUUGCGAGGGGUCACGUUAUCACCGCGCUGGUUCGAAACCCCGAGAAGUUGACAGAGAAACACGAACGUCUUAAAGUGGUGACGGCGAACAUGUACGACGCUGACGAGAUGGCGCCACACUUUGAGGGCCAGGACGCGGUUCUCUCCUGUCUCGGGACCAGUCCCAGCUGGUUCAGCAUAUGGACGAUCACAUUCUACACCGACACCGCCAAACCCAUCGUAGAGGCAAUGCGCAAGGCAAAGGUCUCGCGACUUGUGUUCAUGGCGUCAUGGUAUACGAAAUACGACAGAAGCGACCCAUUUAUCAUCAACUGGGUACUGAAGCCGCUGUUCCUGGGUCAAUCCCUUCACAACAUGGGUCAGAUGGAGGACUAUCUUGAUCAGGAGUGUGCCGACAUUGCGUACACGUCCGUUCGGCCCCCCCAACUGGUCGACACUGACACGUCAGGGAAGCCUGUGCUUGCCGAGGUGAGUCAGAGCAUUCGGUCACCAGGGAAACGGUUUGUGUGCUGUCGACGAGAUGUCGCGAGAUUCAUGUUGGACGCAGCGGAGAAGCGCGAGUAUAUCCGAAAAUGUGUCGCCAUAGCAUCCGGUUGAGGAGCAAGAACGUCGUCUUCACCUGCGAGAAUUUUAAGUGUAUUACCGAGAGUUUCUUCCCUUCGAAGGAUAUGUGGUUGCGCUUUGAAAUAGCAGAGAACCCAAAUGAUCAAUGAUUAUAUUAUAAUAAUAUUCUAUGGACUUGGUUUCGUGAACCGUGUUAAAUUGAGAAUGUGUUUAACUUACAGUCUAACUUCACUUUUUGUGUAUGUGUCCGAACAUUAAAAUAUAUUUAAAUAUGUACACGCAUCUGUGUUUUGCGUUUGUCGCAAAAGAAGUCAGUUAUAAUUGCCAUUUAUGCGUUCAUGUCUGUACAAGAAAUAAUUAGUCGAUUGUUCAAAUCGAUUUAACUGAA